CUUAUUGCAACGAAAUAUUUCGUUGCAGUAGAUUCUACCCUUCUCUUUGUAACAGAAGUUGUGUAUUUUGGAUCAGAAUUGAAUAAAUCUUAUAAUUAGUGUCAUAAACCAGAAAGAUGGGUAAAGGAUUCAACAAUUACAUGUGCAAAAAAUUCUUCCAUCCUGGAUCACGAGAUAACUUGAAAAGGGUAUGGAUGGCCCAACAAAAGACUGAUGCUGAAAAGAAAAAGCAGGAAGAGUUAAAAGCUCAAUAUGAAAAGGAACAAGAUCUAUAUGUCAACAAAUCGCUUGUCAGCAAAGAAAGCAAAGAAAAAUUGAGUGUAAAUUUUUUGUAUGAACCACCACCAGGAAUGAAAAAGGAGAGAGAGAGGGAAGAUGGAGAGCCAGAAUUUAAAUUUGAAUGGCAGAGAAAAUACAAUGCUCCUCGUGAAGACUAUUGUCGUGACAAUGAAGACAUUCGCGAUCAGCCUUUUGGCAUUGCAGUUAGAAAUGUCCGUUGCAUUAAAUGCCACAAAUGGGGACAUGUUAAUACUGACAGAGAAUGUCCCUUGUUCAACAAGGCCAGAGAUGCCUUUGAUGAAGCUGUUGCCGGACCAGAUCCCUCUGAAAAAUUGAUGAGUGACAUGAAGGAAACUGGUUUGGCCAUGACUAAAAGUGCCAUUAGCACUUUAGAACAAAUGUCAAUUCCAAUGCAGGGGCUAUUAAACAAAUCAGAAGAGGAACCCAUUGCUGAGGAAUUGACAUUUCUAAAAACCCUAUCAACUAAAGAAAAGAAGAAAUUAUUGAAAAAGUUAGAGAAAUUGGAGGACAAACAAAAAGGAAAAAAGAAAAAGAAGGAGAAAAACAAACGUGAAAGCAGCAGUCCGCCUCAGCUUAAAUCAUCCUCGUCGAGCAAAGAGGAUAGCAAAAGAUCAAGUCGAAUCUAUGAUGAUGAUAAUGUUAGCCGCCGCGAAGAACCAUCUCACAGCCGUUACAGACGAUCGCGAUCCAGAGAGAGAGGAGAACGCACUCGAGCGCAUGAGAGAGAUAACACAAGUCGAGCCCGUGAGAGGGAUGGUACUAGUCGAGCCCAUGAAAGGGAUAGUACUAAUCGAGCCUAUGAAAAGGAUAGUACUAAUCGAGCCUAUGAAAGGGAUAGUACUAAUCGAGCCUUUGAAAGGGAUAGUACUAAUCGAGCCUAUGAAAAGGAUAGUACUAAUCGAGCCUAUGAAAAGGAUAGUACUAAUCGACGCCCAGAACCAUCUCGCAGCCAUGACAGACGAUCUCGAUCGAGAGAAAGAGGAGAACGCAAACGGAGACGCGGGGAAUCAACCGACAGAAAGAGUGAGAAAAAACAUAGAGAGUAACACCGAACUAUUCAAAACAGGCUACGCUUCUGUAUUUUUUAAAUAACGACAAUACAUGUAUUGUGAGACAA